AUGGCAUAUCUUGCAAAACUCGGCGCUCAGGUAGACGAGCUGAUCGCUGCUGUCAGUGCGGCCUCUGGACAGGGUGACCAUGACGGCGUCCAGAUAUCUCGUGAUGCCGUGAUCAGGGUUCUUCGCCAGAAUACCUUCCCUCGGACGAACCAGUUUGAGGUCGAAGAGUAUCUUGACGGCUUUGAGGAGCGGUUUAGCGUAGCAGGCCGGGAUGGCCUGGCAACGGCUCUUGGAGAAAGACGCCGUGCUCUUCAGGCGAAGUCCACAAGGUGGACGCCCGAAAUCCUGCAGCUGCUGUUGGAGCUCUCAGACCAACCCGUCAAGAAGUCGAGACUUGAGGAUCUUGAACUUCUUCGUCCCUGCGAUCAGGCCCCGGAGCUCACUCUGAGGUGGGACGAGAUCGCCGAAGAGGAUGGCUGGGGCGCAGAUAGAGCCCUCUGGAAGACAAUCAACUACGCCGAGACUUCGGAUGAUGAGGAAUACGGAGAUGCACAGUCAGAGAGCUCGGAGUCUGAUGACACAUCCCUAUCUAGCCACGACGCACGACACGAGAGGAGUGCCCAGGAUCUUUUGCUUCCCGACCCGGAUACGGCCAUUCUUGAACCGGUGCACCAGUCACAAGCGUGGAGAUACGAAGAGACCACAAAAGAUCCAAAUGGCCGACCUCUAAAGCUCUCAAUCACCGAGUUUCAAGUUUUACGAGAGGCGUUAUUCAUGCUCCAGGGCUUGAAGAACAACUUGUUCAAUGCUCAAUGUGAGCCGGCAGUCAAGUAUCAAAUGUCCAGCACGUCCUGGCACACUUUCAGCGCGCUUCUGGACUCGAUCUCCGAGAGCGGCUACCAAAUAUUUACAUUGCGACGUUUCCUAGCCACAAGCGGAGAUACCACGCCCCUGCAGCAGGUCUUCCGUGACAGCAUCCGUCAAAGGUUGCUGUCAUUCGACCGACAUGUAUCCACCAUACAAGCACGGUUCAUUGAUAUCAAGCAAGACACUCCAGUCAGCGUCAUUGCUGUCAUGGAAGAGUUGAAGCCUGCGAUCAAACCCAUGUAUGCUCUGUCCCGGAUUGUGCAGAAGCUCACAGCAGAGCAGUAUGCAUAUGCGUUCCGAUAUCUCGAACUCCUUUUUGACGCUGUAUGCACUGCGCAGCUAGAGGGAGAUGACAAUGUCCACCGGUAUCUCGGUGACAUGUUCUUUCAAUGCUUCGAUCUUUAUCUUCGACCGAUUCGGAAGUGGAUGGCUGAGGGCGACCUAAUUCCAGGAGACAAGAGCUUCUUUGUGUCAGCCUCAGCAGCAGAGGUUCCGCCCAACAAAAUAUGGGAACGUAAAUACAAACUACGACGGACCAAGCAGGGCGUGUUACAUGCCCCGAACUUCCUUCGGCCCGCCGUGUCCAGGAUAUUCACUACCGGCAAAAGCAUCGUGGUGCUGAAGCGACUGGGGAAAUACCAGCGCAGGGAUAACUCGUGGGACGUCGCGGAACCACCCCUAACGUUUGCCGCCGUUUGCCCCCGUGGUUCGGAGUUGGCCCCCUUUUCCGAGCUGUUCAACAAUGCCUUUGACAUAUGGAUGAAAAGUAGACAUCACACGGCAUCGGCUACUCUUCAGAGGAUCCUGUUUGACUCAUGUGGUCUAUGGACAUCGUUGGACGCAUUGCAGCAUCUUCACCUGAUGGCGGAUGGAUCUUGUGCCGACGCCUUUACCUUCCCCAUCUUUGAGUACCUAGACAACUUGAACCCGAGUUGGCGUGAUCGCUUCACCCUGGCCGAGUUCGCACGAGAGGCGUUCGGCACUAGGCUCGACCAGACUCUAGUCUCGGCGGUCGUAGAGAUCGGCAGUGAGCCCGAUGAUGUAGCCGCUCGUCAGUCGGUCAGAAUCGGCCUCUCGAAGAUCAAGCUUAGGUAUCGGCUGUCAUGGCCGGUCCAGCUCGUCAUCUCGGGAGAGAGCCUCACGGCAUACGACGCGCUAUUCACACUCCUCCUGCAAGUCCGGCGAGCGGUCUACGCCCUGAACCGGAACCGCAUCUUGAAUGAGUUGUCUGACGUAGCACGCACCGAUGAGGCACCACUCUACUACACCCUCCGUAGCAGGUUAUUGUGGUUCUGCACCACCUUCCACACAUAUCUGACGUCGCUCGUGCUGGCCCCAAGCAUCUCGGCCAUGCAGGAUGAUCUACGAACUGCCGAUGAUGUGGAUGCGAUGAUCAGAGCGCAUGGCACGUUCUGCAAGCGUCUGAUCGAGGAGGCAUGCCUGGGGGCAAAACUGGAGCCCAUUCGGGAGUGCAUUUUAGAUCUCUUCGAUCUUGCUGUCAAGCUAGAGGACGGCCGCCGAGGGGAGGCGGCCCGGCUACUAGCCAGCAUGAACGAGACCUCGCGGCUGUCGCUCAUGUCCUCACCCCAGCGUCAUGACCCACUGAGGCAGCCCAGGAGAGGUGUCUACGUCAGUGAGGCGGAGCAGGCAGAAGCAGAAAUGACAUUCAUAGACGCGGAGGACACGGAGCUGGCCGUGGAGCAGGGCGACACCUAUCUCGAUCUCCUGCAGAGCAUCGGCGCCGAUUUUGACAGGUAUCUUCGAUUCAUCAUCGGCGGGCUGAAAGGCGUGGCCCGGGCGAGCAGUGGUGCCGCUGCUGGGAAAUGGGACAUGCUAGCCGAGAUGCUGGAGACGGGCAUGCGCGAUCAGCGUGCGGGUUGA